CCUUGCAGCGGUGGCCCGAGUGCAGAGUCUGAGCUGCGGCGGCGCGAGUCAUGGCUGGACAAGCUUUCAAAAAGUUUCUACCGCUCUUUGACAGAGUAUUGGUUGAAAGGAGUGCCGCCAAAACUGUGACCAAAGGUGGCAUUAUGCUUCCAGAAAAGUCUCAAAGAAAAGUAUUGCAAGCAACAGUAGUGGCUGUGGGAUCAGGCUCGAAAGAAAAGGGUGGAGAGAUUCAGCCAGUCAGUGUGAAAGUUGGAGACAAAGUUCUUCUCCCAGAAUAUGGAGGCACCAAAGUAGUUCUAGACGGCAAGGAUUAUUUCUUAUUUAGAGAUGCUGACAUUCUUGGAAAAUAUACGGACUGAAAUCACUGUUGAAAUGGUAUCACAUGAAGCUGCCCAUUCCGCCGACAUUCUGAACUAUUCAUCAUGUAAAUAAUUUCUGUGCCUCCCUUUUAUAAUAAACUGAUGAUGCCUAAAAAAA